AUGUUUACGUUGCAAGGAUUGUACAAGUGGGUCGAUAAACUGCCGCGUCUGGUUUUUGAAUACAAUUUGCGGAAACAUCGCACUAUCGAUAUACCACUUACCGACGUAAAUCCAGUUAUCGCUGAAAAGCUGUUGGACACAGUGUAUAACCACGUUAAAAUUGCAAGGCUAGCAAAAUUCAAAGUUAGCAAUUUGGUACGCGUGAGCAAAACUGCAUUUGAGAAGGGGUACACCCCUUAUUGGAUCACCAAGGUGUUUAAGAUUGUUAAAGUGCAGCGUGUAUAUCUCGUCACAUAUUUUCUCAAAGAUUAUUGUGGAAAAAACGUUUUUGGCGCCUUUUACGAAUUUGAACUACAUCGUGCUACUCAUCCGGAUGUUUAUUUAAUCGAGAAAAUUUUGCUCAAGGAAGGAAACAAGGUUUACGUCAAGUGGCUGGGAUUCAAUGGAUCAGACAAUUCGUGGAUAAAUAAAAAAGACUUUAUUUGA